AUGAUCAAGCCCCUGCCUUCCAUUGACACGGUCUACAGUAUUCUUCUAAGUGACGAGAAACAGAGGCAGGUGUCUACUGGCUCUCAUUUUUCCUCAGAAUCAGCUUCCUUCAAUGCUGGGUCUUCUAAGCAGCCUUACACUCCCAGGGUGAGUUUUGACAAUCAAAGGGCUGCAAUCACUUGCAAAUACUGUAAGAAGCCUGGGCAUAACAUUGAUAAGUGCUAUAAGCUCCAUGGCUAUCCGCCAAAUUUCAAAUUCUCUAAGACUGCUGGUCCCAGGAAAGCUUCAGCACAUAGUGCAGCUGAUUCAUUUGCAUCUCAGGCAUGUGUGUCUCAUUCCAAUGGUGGUGCUGUCCCAGCUGGUUUCUCUGAUUCUUCUUCUGCUUUUCCUGGCUUGACAAAGGACCAAUGUUCUCAACUGAUCCAGCUCUUGCAACAAACUCAUGUCACUCCUGAUUCUUCUCAGUCACUCAUGGCUUCUGCACAUUUUGCUGGGCUCUUCUCUGAAGAAGCCUCUGGCUCUUGGUAAACUGGACAAUGGGCUCUACAAGCUG